AAUGGCCACCAUGACUUAACAUCUGGGAUGUCAGCAAGUCAUUUUUGGUUCUGAUUCAAACCCCUUGAUGGUCCCUGAAGUGUGAAAAUGAUCUUAGCAAAGUAUACUGAGGGUCAAAAGAAAAUUUGAGACCAUAUUUUUCAACUUAAUUUUUAGUUUGAAGCCCUAAGCUGGAUUUUUAAAAUCAUUUGUUUUGGAUAUUGGCAUACAGAAACAAAAAUCAAUUCAAAGAAAAAUUUCAAAACAACAAUUAACAAAAAGAAAAUGGCACCUGCCAAAGACAAAAUCACAACAAAUGAGGCAUUACUGAAGGGCAAACAACUCUUAUCAGCGUGGUCCUUGUCCUCCUUGCUAAUAUUCUGACCCAAAGUAGACAUGCUUCAAUUUGUGUGUGUCAGUAAACACAAACGGGACACAAGUGGCCCCACCGGCCCCUGGGCUAGACUUUGGACUCACUAGUUUUAUAGAUCGGUACAUGACAGUAGCAUGUUUUUAUUCACGGAUUCAUCAGCAGUUUGACAAACGAUGUCAAAGGUAUCGUGCUGGAGUUAUAUGUAGGUUAUCACAUGGUUUGUCUGGUAUCAGGCCAGGUAUCAUGCCCCCAAGUGUCAGUAUCACCCCGAGACCGCUGAUACUGACACUUGGGGGCAUGAUCCUGGGCCUGAUAACAGACAAACCAUGUGAUGAUCUUAUUAUCACAUUCUAUUUAAUCAUGAGCUUAUUAUCACGUACUAUUUAAUCAAAAGACCAUUUUGUUUCCAGAAAAUGUUCCGUUUAUUACAUGUAUUAUAUCUAAACAGUGUAAACACAAUAAUUGCAAAAAUAUUUCAACAAUAAUAUUUUAUCAACAGUCUUAUCUUAUCAAUGUCUGACAAUUAAAGUUCCAUUAAUCAAGUUUGGGUUUUUUGGUGACUGGAGAAGCACUAGGAAUAUUUAUAGUGUGUGUUCACGCUUGUGCGCUGUUCUCUGAUUGUUUCACGGGCACGAUACCAAAGCAGCGCGCUCUGAGUGGACAGCUACAGGGGCUGAUACUGGACAUGGUUAAACUCUAUAUUUUAUCAGUAUCACUGCCCUGGGCUUUGACACAGUAUCAUUUCGGCCUUUUCCUGUAUCAUUCAUGGGCGGUUUCUAAGGUACAGGGACAAUUAAUACUGUAGUAUGUGAUAAUGAAUGGUAUUCCACUGUAAUUGUAGUGAAUGUUGGCACAUAACUGUAAUGUAAGUUUGUGUAUCGGGACACGUUUUUUACAAAAAUGAGCAACACUGACUCUUGUAUGUGAAAAGGCUGAAGGAGACAGUAAAGCGGAGGUGAAAGAGUGAAAGCAGUCAGAGUUCAGCUAUCAAGGUAAAUUCAAUCUGUUUGACAUUCUCCGAGUGUUGAGGCAUCCUCAUUACCAUAAUGUGGUGUAUCUACCUUCAUCAUGACCUUUAAAACCCUGCGGACUCGUCAAUGUAACCUUGACUUCAACCCACGACUAGAUAUUUUUAUCUCUGUACAAUUUAGCCGGUUUUGUCACACUGAGAGUUGGUGAAUUGUGAACGGUUUCCUGGUGGAUGAGCACUGAAAGGCCUUCGGUAGGACCUCAUUGAAUGGGAAAUCGAACACAAUGUGAGCUACCAGUUCCAGUCUUUUCUUUAAUUCUUCUUUGUCGACUUGUUGCAGUCCAUGUACAGUGGGGAAAAUAAGUAUUUGAUCUUUGACCAAACGCCAGACCACAUGUUUCCAUGGAACGAACAAAUGAGCCCUGUCCCUUUAAGAAAGUACUCCUAAUUUCAACUCAUUAUGUGGAUUAAACACACCUGUCACACAAACAUGCUUGCAUUCAAACCUCUGCAACACCAUGGGCAAGACCAAAGAGCUGUCAAAGGACCUCAGGGACAUACAUGGAGGUUGGUGCUUGUUAGCGGAUGAGAGGCGGAUCUAGCGAAGCUAGCGUGCCAAGCCUGCGGUGUUUGGAGGCUGUGUGGCCGGACUGUGUGCUCCUUCUUCUGCGUCAUCCACACCGCUGACGCCGCUUCUUCUCCCCGACCACCAUCAUGGCGACUCCCGCCGCCGUCAAUCCGUCGGAGAUGGCCAACGAGCUGCCUGGGACAGUCGCGAUGCCGGGUGCAGUUGGGUCGGGUCCAGUAAGGAUGGGAGGUGCCAUGCCAGGCAGAGGAGGAAAGAGAAGAUCAGGAGGAAUGGACUUUGAUGACGAGGACGGAGAGGGACCAAGCAAAUUUUCAAGGUAUGAUGAUGAUCAGAUACCUGGUGGGGAUAAGGAGAGAUACGCCAGAGAAAACCACAGUGAGAUCGAACGACGCCGACGCAAUAAAAUGACCCAGUACAUCACCGAGCUGUCAGACAUGGUCCCCACCUGCAGUGCACUGGCCCGUAAACCAGACAAGUUGACCAUUCUGCGCAUGGCAGUGUCUCAUAUGAAGUCAAUGCGUGGUACCGGAAACACGUCUACGGAUGGAGCCUAUAAGCCCUCCUUUCUCACUGAACAGGAGUUGAAACAUCUCAUUUUGGAGGCUGCAGAUGGGUUCUUGUUUGUCGUGGCAGCAGAGACGGGACGCGUGAUCUACGUCUCUGACUCAGUGACACCGGUGUUGAACCACCCCCAGUCAGAGUGGUUUGGCAGCACUCUAUAUGAACAGGUCCACCCGGAUGAUGUGGACAAGCUAAGGGAACAGCUCAGCACCUCAGAAAACUCCAUGACAGGACGGAUUCUGGAUCUGAAGACAGGAACCGUGAAGAAGGAGGGACAACAGUCCUCCAUGAGAAUGUGCAUGGGCUCCCGGCGCUCCUUCAUCUGCCGCAUGAGGUGUGGCAGUGCUCCUCUGGAUCACAUCUCACUAAACCGUCUGUCUAAUAUGAGGAAGCGAUACAGGAAUGGCCUUGGCCCGUCGAAGGAAGGAGAGGCUCAGUACUCUGUGGUUCAUUGCACUGGCUAUAUCAAGGCAUGGCCCCCUGCAGGUAUGACAGUACCAGAUGAGGACACAGAGGCAGGCCAGACUGGGAAGUACUGCCUCGUGGCCAUUGGAAGACUGCAGGUGACAAGCUCGCCAGUCUCCAUGGAUAUGAACGGCCUCGCCGUACCCACAGAGUUCUUGUCACGCCACAACUCCGAUGGCGUCGUCACAUUUGUGGACCCGCGCUGCAUCAAUGUCAUUGGUUAUCAGCCUCAGGACCUGUUGGGGAAAGACAUUCUGGAGUUUUGCCACCCCGAGGACCAGAGUCACCUGAGAGAAAGCUUUCAACAGGUGGUGAAGCUAAAGGGUCAAGUUCUGUCGGUGAUGUACCGUUUCCGCAUGAAAAACAGAGAGUGGAUGCUGAUCCGAACCAGCAGUUUUACCUUCCAGAACCCCUACUCUGAUGAGAUCGAGUAUAUCAUCUGCACCAACACAAAUGUCAAACAGCUUCAGCAGCAGCAGGCGGAGCUAGAAGUUCACCAGAGAGAUGGACUGACUGCCUAUGAUCUUUCCCAGGUUCCUGUGGCCAACGUGAACAGUGGCGUCCAUGAGGCUGGGAAGAACAUUGACAAACCAGAAGCUCUUUUCUCCCAGGAGAGAGACCCACGCUUUGCUGAAAUGUACACCAACAUCUCCGGAUCUGGAGACAAGAAGAUGAUGGUUCCCUCCUCGACAGCGGGAGGACAGCAGCUCUAUUCCCAGAGCUCUCCAUUCCAGCAGGGACACACUGGCAAAACCUUUAGUUCCUCUGUGAUCCACGUCCCAGGUGUAAAUGACAUCCAAGCAUCAAGUUCAUCCAAUCAGAAUCUUGCUCAGAUCUCAAGACAACUGAACCCAGGCCAGGUGUCUUGGUCAGGCAACCGACCCCCCUUCUCUGGACAGUCCAGUAAAGCCCAGUCCAGUCCAUUUGGUAUCGGUGCGGGACACAGCUACCAGACCGAUGCAGCCUCUUACAGUCCGCUCUCAUCCCCAGCGACCUCCUCUCCCAGCGGCAACGCCUACUCAGGACUGACGAACCGCAGCACAGCUUUUGACGUGUCAGGAGAGAGCAGCCAGACUGGAGCUCAGUUUCAGGGUCGACCCAGUGAAGUCUGGUCCCAGUGGCAGAAUCAGCAUCACUCCCAACAAGCUGGGGAGCAGCACACACACCCCAACCCCAGCCAGACUGAAGUCUUCCAGGACAUGCUACCCAUGGCUGGAGAUCCCACCCAGGGAACGGCCAACUACAACAUCGAGGACUUUGCCGACCUCGGCAUGUUCCCACCUUUCUCUGAGUAAAAGCCGCCCUCCGCUCUUCCUCCUCCUUCGCUACAGGAAGCGGACUGACGUUUGCACCCAUCACGUGGCAUUUUUCUUUGGCUUGGCGGCCACCGGCUCACAUCUGAAUGUCGGCUUGAACCCAUCCAGCAUGCACACAACAAUGCGCUUGUGUCAACAUACCUCAUCACUGAAAGACGAGUCAGAUGGACGCUACCUCAGUCAACGUGCAACACUUUAUCCCCCGCCCCCCGUGGAUGCUGCAGUGUCUCAAAUGGAAUACUCGUGUCGGUGCACUUCACUAAGUACUCCGUGUACUUAGUUCUUGAGUGUGUAUUGCUGGCCUUGCAAUAUUUACCCACUUCAUCUCCGUCCCUCCUUUUCAAUGCUCAAUUGGAACCAUGCCGCUUAGCUACAUCGCCAAGAUGGUGACUAUUGAGGCUGGUAAGCGUCCAUUACUGUAAAUACGCAAGUGCACCAAUUGAGACACAGAAAUGUCUUAACAUCUUCAAAGACACUUAGUGUACUUUUACCAGAGGAGGUCAUCUCAUCUCAUGGUACUUUCAUACUUCUCCGACGUCUCCUCCCAGGUAGCCCGCAACCACUUAAUUGGCCCUUUGCGUAUGAAAGUGGCUUGUAUCAGAUCGUCAACAAGUAUUAAAUAUAAUACAUUUUAUAAAUAUACACAAAAGUACAUGAUGUAUUCUGGAAUAAUAUCAUUAACGUUGAAGUUAUGGUUAAAACUAUUUAAAAAAAACAACCUUAAAAUGCAUUCAUAUUCAUCGGGAAUUAUUUGAUUUAAAAACAACCUCUUUCUUAUUUAGUUUCAUUGCUUCUGCAAAUAUGACCGCUUUGCAUAGUUUGACCCUCAUUGGUUUGGAUUGAAGGAAUAAAAUGCUAAAGAAUAAUCAAUAUCAAUAACCAUGUAAUAUGAAAUACAUUUUUAAAUUAAUAAAUACUAAACUAGUACGUUCAUAUUUUUUUUUUCAAUUAAUAAAAUCCCAAAAAAAAUUAAGAAGGGCCUCGUCCCUCGCCACUUCACACUUUGAUUCUAUCUGAAAUGUUUAAAAAUAUAUUAAUCAUGAUGUUUUGUCGUUGAAUACGUAAAAGAAAAAGUAAAAAGAAAUGCAUAUUCACUUAUCAUAAUUGGGCCUGGAGCCAAUAAACUGCCAGAAAUGAUAGAUGUGAAUUAAUAGAUUGAAGAAAAAACAUUUUUAUUUAUGUGUUAAAAUUACUGUUGUAUUUUAUUCAUUUUUAACUAACUUUUAAAUGAGUUAAUGUAUUGUAAAGUCAUUCAUUUACUGUAAAUAAUAUACAAUGAAAAUCAUUUAAAAAUUGAUAAAAAUGCAAUAAAGAAUUGUUAAUUUAAUAUUGAGAAAAUUAUGAAUACGUUACUACAUUUAAAUUUUAUUUAAAAAUGAAUAAAAUACAAACAUAAUUUGAACACAUUUAUAAAUUAAUAAAUAAGGAUUUUUUAUUAUCAAUUUGUGGAACUUAAUUACUUAGUAUCUUAUUUGUAAUAAUUUACUAAUUUAAAAGGUAUUCCAUUUUAAAUUAUUUAAUAUAAUAAUAUUAAAUAAAAUACAUUUUAAAAUGAAUGAAUACAAAUAAAAAAUACAAAAUAGAUUUUACCAAUAAAUUAAAAAAAUGUAUUAGUAAUGUGUGAAUGUAUUCAUUAAAAAAGAAAAUUGUGUUCUAUUAUGAUGAUGAGAUGUUAUACUAUAUUGUUUGUAUUGUAUUAAUUAGAUGAGUAUUUUGUAAUGAUGAUGCCAUGAAUAAUUAUGAGGACGUCAUUCCACUGACGCGGUUUCAUGGAGAAAGCGUGACCGACCUCCUCUGGUAACCCCAACAAGCGUAGAGGGAUGAAGUGUAUCGUCAGCGUUGAACAAGUUCAACUCCAUCUGCCUCACGCACCAUCAUCAUCAUCACCUCAUCAACCUUACCGUGUAAAAAGCGUGUCGUCAUUCCGUGUAGAAAUUCAACAUUUAUAAACAUUUUAUAAACGCAGAGUCGACUGAGUUGAGGCAUAAAGUGCACUUCAUCAAUAGCGUCUUGACUGGUGUGUUUGCUGUUGUACAUUUCACACCACUUCACUUUCUUCAUCUCAAACCUUUUCGGAAUACUUUGUAGUGUGCCAGCUUUUACAUGAUAUUCACACACACACACACACACUUCAGUGUUUGCGCUUAAGAUGUCAGAUCAACAUUUUUUGUAAAUAAAUGUGAUUUUUAUGUGUUAUUGUGUUACGUGUAAUAAUAAUAAUAAUGUGUGCAAUGUGAGUCAAUAUUAACUGUUGGUAUUUAGUUAGUUGUUAAAUCUACUUUGACUUCUAGGCCUGUAUAAAUUGUGUAUUUUUGUGUAACAACGUGUGAUUUGUGACAAUAAAUUCUUAUUGAUCAUGUGUGUCCACUUCA